AUGUCUUGCCGUACCAGCUGCAGUCCCGAGGUCGAGCAGGCCAUCAACAAUGGCAUCAACAUGCAUUUCUCGGGCGAGAUCACGUACAACUACCUCGCCUCCAUUUGUAUCUAUGACAACAUUUCGAUGCCCUGUUUCGGCGAGUUCCUGCGCCUCUGCGGCAUGCGCAUGCGCCACACCGCCGAGCAGAUGGUCAAGUACCAACUGAUCCGAGGCGGACAAUGGCAGAUGUCCGAGGGUCUGAAGCCGUUGGUCGCGUUGCCCGUGAUCAAUCAGAAUGAUGACAUCAACAGCAUGAUAUGGCGCUUGAUGGAACUGGGCCUGGAGACGGAGCGGAGCACAGAGAAGUACCUGCGCGAGCUGUGCCAGGUGGCGAGCAGCAAACAGGACGUCGAAACUUGCGGAUUCGUGCAGAGCUCUCUGAUCAAGCAGCAACGUUUCGUCCUCAAAGUGAUGGUCAUGCACCAGACCGGACUCACUGCCAGCCAGAACGCCUGGCUCUACUGCAACAUGGUGAUCACUCCUUUUGUGCGUGAAGUCAAGGAGCUUAUUGAAAACAACAAAAUCAGCUCCAAAUUUAGCCAUUAUAACACGAGCAGCAGCACGAGUAGCAGUAGCCAUGAGAGUGGUAAAGUAAUGAAUUCUGGAAAUUCAUUAGUGCGUCUUUUCUCCAUGAGUUUUCUCAGUUGA